AUGUCGGACAAAGGUGCAAGCAUGUCUGACAUAGGUGCAAGCAUGUCCGACAUAGGUGCAUGCAUGUCCGACAUAGGUGCAAGCAUGUCUGACAUAGGUGCAAGCAUGUCCGACAUAGGUGCAAGCAUGUCUGACAUAGGUGCAAGCAUGUCCGACAUAGGUGCAAGCAUGUCCGACAUAGGUGCAAGCAUGUCUGACAUAGGUGCAAGCAUGUCCGACAUAGGUGCAAGCAUGUCUGACAUAGGUGCAAGCAUGUCUGACAUACCGGUAGGUGCAAGCAUGUCUGACAUAGUUUCAGACCCGUGUUUCAGCAACCCUUGCCUGAAUCAAGCUGAAUGCCUCAACUUGGGCAGUGCCUAUCACUGUAGCUGCCUGCAAGGAUUCUCCGGUGACAACUGCCAAUUUGUUUCUAUUCCAGCUGACCCGUGUCUCAGCCAGCCGUGCUACAACAAUGGUUUUUGUCUUGUCCCUCAAAAUCCCUGCGACAGUUCCCCAUGCCAGAAUAGGGGAGUCUGUUUCCGUAGCAGCGUUCAAGAGAGCUAUGUUUGUUCCUGUGUGAAUGACUUCACUGGAGUUCAUUGUGAAAACGCACCUACCCCUCCAGAUCCAUGUGAACCCUCCCCCUGCCAGAAUGGAGGAGUCUGUUACCCACAAGGCAGUGCUGGCCAUCUCUGCGAUUGUCCAGACAACUACGUUGGUACCAACUGUGAAACUUAUGUCGCGCCAGUUAUUCCAUGUCAGAGCGACCCUUGUCAUAAUGGAGGCGUAUGCUUCCCCCAAGGGCCUGGCUACACGUGUGUUUGCGCUAAUAGUUACUGGAGGGCGUUAAUAGUUGAUCAUGCCACACAAACUGACAAGAUGAGAAACCCAAACUCCGCAUCGGUAUUCACUCAGAACAUGACUAACAGAGCUCCACCGGUCAUGACAAGUAUUUAA